CAAGUCAUAGAACGAGAAAAGAACAUUAAACUUCAAAUCUUCAAUCAGGAAGUCGCAAGUGUCUUUAAAGAAUGUUUUUCAAUUCAUGUCUAUUUUCUAAUUUGAAGUUGUUGUGUUCCAUACCAGAAUAAAUUUGUGGGAAAAACUGGAAUCAACGUGUGAGUCUCAUGGCGCAACAACUUGUAUCAGGCAAAUAUAACAUUGCCACAUAAAUAUUGCUUUAAACAGGCCUGAAUCUGUGAGAGAACCGGCAUCUAGAAGAAACAGACAAUUUCAUAGAAUUGCAUUUUGAAAGAUGGAUGCUGUCCCAGGCAGGAAGGCUUCCAAGGCAACAGCCUCGGCCCCUGAUCCCACAUACUGCCAGCCAUGUGCAGAAGACAGUAAACAAAUACUUCCCGAAGCCUUCUGUCCCGACUGCAAGGAGUUUAUGUGUUUCACCUGUGCUCGAGUGCAUAGGAACAUGAAGCUGACCAAGAGCCACGCCCUUCAAGACAAGAGCAGUAUGCCAUCCUCAUUCCGGGGCGCAGAAAGUGGGGAGGAGAAUUUUAAAGAAAAAUGUCAGCGCCAUGCUAAAGAGUUCAUAAAAUACUUCUGUCCGAACCAUGACGAACUCCUGUGUGGAGACUGCGUAGUUGAGAAAAUGCAUCGCUCCUGUAAUAUUGACAAGAUUUCGCAAGUGGCGAAACGAUACAAGGAAGGCGCGGAAUACAACAGUCUGAAGAUAGGACUUAACCAGAUGGUCGGUGACAUUGGCGAGCUAUUUAACAAAAUAACGGCUAGCACGAAAUCAAUUGAUGAACAAGGUCUUAUUAAUAUCAACGAGCUUCGCAAGUUCAGAAAUGAAAUUAAUCAGUACCUUGAUAAGAGGGAAAGAGAACUUCUAGCAGAAAUUGACGAGAAGAAAAGGAAAUCCAAGUUGCUUCUGAAUGAACAGAAGUCGAAAUACCAAGACAUAAAAACAGCCUGUGAGAACUUUUUGUCCGACCUUCAAACCCAAGAGUCCAACAACAUCCAGCUGUUCAUAUCAGGAAGAAAGGCCUUUAAAGAGCUGACCAGUCUCCAGACAACACUGAAUGACGUCUGCAACAAGAGCAGAGUUCCCCGGUACCAAUUUCGCAGGGAUCCAUCAACUGAACAGUUGUUGGCCUCCAUCACAGCGAUAGGUAGAUUGGAAAAGACUGAUUCAGCUUCAACUAGUGAGCAGCAGAACCGGCAACAGGAACUAAAGCAGCAACAACAACAACAAGCAACACAGGCACACUCGACACCCCUGAAAGUUCCCUUGCAUGGCAGCACAGAUCUAAGCCAGGCCAAGUUCAGCAGACAGCCAGAUAUCUCCGUGAAGACAGCAAGUGAUAACAAGACAUGCCAGCUGACCAGUGUGGCCCUUCUGCCUGGGGACAUGUUGCUACUUGCUGAUAGCAACAAUAAUUCCGUGAAGCUUUUGGACACUGAAACCAACACGGUAGUGUCGCAGGUGAAACUGCCAGGUGAGCCGAGGGACCUGUGUCUACUGCCCGGGGACAGGGCAGCCGUCACUCUGCCUUGGAAGGCGAAGAUACAGUUCCUGUCCACUAAGGGUAAAGUCUCACUACAGGAUAUUGUUGAAGUAGGUGGAACAUGUAGUGGAAUAGAUUUCUGUGAUGAUAACUUGAUAGUGUCCUUCCCAGGUAAUGUUGAGUUGAUGGACAUGAAGGGAAAGAAGAGUGUGGACAAAGACAGCAGUAGCAAAUGUUUGUUUAUAAAUUCUGAGUCUCUGACAGUGACCAGAGAGAGCCACAGACCGUCAAUAUAUGUAUCAGACUGGAGCGACACCAUCACCAUGCUAAGCACUUCUCUACAAGUCCUCAAAACAUUCAAGGUCGCUGCACUGACUCGACCACUUGGCCUGACAGCCGUGGGGGGCAACCAUCUGCUCGUGUGUGGGAUGUUCAGUAACACCGUCAAGUUUCUAGACACGUCCACAGGCAAGAUGACCCAACUGCUGGGUAAAGGAGAGGGGAUAGAGAAGCCAUACAGUGCGGCUUACUACUCACUGAACAAGUGGAUGUUUGAUACCUGCAACGAAAACGACUUUGUGAAAGUGUUCAAAGUUAAAUAA